AUGGCUGGUGUUGACCACGCCUAUCAGUACUCUGUGGAAGUGAAGAGCAGGUUCUCACUGUUCCUGGACGACACUCUGAAUAGUGAAGACCCGGAUAUCCUGCUAUCCAAGUUGCAGAGUAAACGAAGUGAAAAGACUAAAAAGGAUAAGCCACAUGUGCAACAGCAACAUGUGGCACCUGCAAAGGUCGACACGACAACUAAGAGUGAGGUGAAGGUUGAGACUGCAGCUCCGAAAGUUGGUUCUCGAGUGUCGAAAACCACCAACGUCACAGAGCCGCCACCAGUGCCACCUGAAGACGUACAAAUCACAUCCACAAAGGGGACAGAUGAAUCAAUUAGUGCCUUUGUGCGUGGUCGUGGUUCAGGUAGAGGAACACCUCGAGGGAUGCGUGUAGGCAGAGGACAAGGGCCUCGAAUGGCUCCGACAGAAGCACCUCAAGAUUCAGUGAGUGAUUUGAAUGCUACCAGAGGGCCAAGCUUCGAGCCUAGGGGACGUGGGAGAGGUAGAGGAAGAGCAAUGUUUGGUCGAGGUCGUGGGAUGCCAUUCAAUUCGAACCGAGACUUCGACAAUCAGGAUGGUCCAGAUCGUCAGGGCCCAAGACAAUAUGGUCGAAGAGAUGGAAAUUGGAAUGCUCAGGAUGUUGAUGGUCAAACAAUGCCUGAGAGUGGUGACUCGGAGCAAGUUGUGCGUUUCUCAGACGAUCGUAACGAGGUCGAGGACCAUUCAGAGCAUGCCACAGCGGAGAAUGAGGAGGGUGUAGUUGCCAACGCAGAAACCCCAGUUGAGGAAGAACCGAAAAGCUACACAUUGGAAGAAUACAAGGCCAUGCGCCAGUCUUCCAAACCAGCCAUCUUACUGAACAGCAAGGGUCUACGCAAAGCUAAUGAUGGCAAAGAUGUGUUUGCAAACAUGGUGGCUCACAGAAAAAUACAGGAGGUCCACGAGGAUAUCUACGAGGUGGAGGAGAAGGAAAACGAGCCUGAGGAGCAUCAGUCGAUCGACAUUGAUUUUUCUUUCGCUGACAACUUUGGAAGCCGUAGAAGAGGUGGGCGAGGAUUUGAAAGCAGAGGGUUCGAUCGUGGGCGUGGUGUUGCACGCGGUGCGGGACCAAGAAGUGAACGUGGGGGUCGAGGAAGAGGUCAGAUGAGGAGUGACGGGCGAGGUCGUGGUUUCGGCCGUGUUCUGCCUAUUAACGAUCACAUUCCACCUCCAGCAAUUUACAACGACCAGGAGUUCCCUUCCUUGAAGUGAAUUCCUAAAGGAAAAUUGAAACAGACUGUUGGAUUAAUAAUAUUCUUCCUUGUCAACUCUUACUUCCUCAAAGGCUUUUAGUCCAAGCCUCUACUUACCCAUACUCAUCCCUCCCUAUUAAACUUCAGCUUUGUAAUUUAGUUUCUCCUAAAAGCAGUUCGAGGACUGGAUUUGGCUGUGCUGCUUGAGAGCUAAUUGCAAAGCUUUGUACAUGAGUGUUUUCAGAAUGUUACAGUUUUGCGGUUGAUGUGAUCAAUCGCCCUAAAUAAACAUUAAUAAGAU